AUGGAGGGGCAGAUCCUGAGGGGACCCGAGCUCCGCCCGGCGGGGCUUCCCGCUCAGCAGGACUGCAGCAUUCAAGAAAAAAUACAUUUAGAGAUGCGAAUACGAGAAGGGGUAUGGAAACUCCUUUCUCUGAGCACUCAGAAAGACCAGAUUUUGCAUGCAGUUAAGAAUCUCAUGGUGUGCAAUGCUCGAAUAAUGGCUUACACAUUGGAGCUGCAGAAAUUAGAAGAGCAGAUUGCAAAUCCAAUUGGAAGAUGUGAUGUGAAUUUUGAAAGUAAAGCACGAACAGCAUGUAAGGGAAAGAUUGCCAUAUCAGAUAUUCGUAUACCACUAAUGUGGAAAGACUCUGAUCACUUCAGCAGUAAAGAACGAUCACAGCGCUAUGCCAUUUUUUGUUUAUUCAAAAUGGGAGCUGAAGUUUUUGAUACUAACAUGGUGAUUGUGGAUAAAACAGUCACAGAUAUAUGUUUUGAAAAUGUGACCAUAUUUAAUGAAGCAGGGCCAGACUUUCAGAUAAAGGUGGAAGUAUAUAGUUGCUGUACAGAAGACUCUUCUAUAACCAACACACCAAAAAAAUUAGCUAAGAAACUGAAGACAUCUAUAAGCAAAGCUACAGGGAAGAAAAUAAGUUCAGUGCUUCAAGAAGAUCAUGAAAUGUGCUUGUCCUUCAGUUCUGCUAUUUAUGGUGCAAAGUACAGUUUGCUAGCUCAUACUACCCUGAGCUUGGAAAGUGCUGAGAAUAGCUUCAAGACCCAUAAUCUGUCUAUUAAUGGGGAUGAAGAGUCCUCGUUUUGGCUUCCCUUAUAUGGUAACAUGUGCUGCCGAUUAGUCGCCCAACCAGCUUGUAUGGCUGAGGAUGCGUUUGCAGGAUUUCUUAAUCAGCAGCAAAUGGUAGAAGGUCUGAUUAGUUGGAGAAGGUUGUAUUGUGUUUUAAGAGGGGGUAAACUCUAUUGUUUUUACACUCCAGAAGAAAUCGAAGGUAAAGUGGAACCAGCUUUGGUAGUGUCCAUUAACAAGGAAACCAGAAUUCGGGCAAUGGAUAAGGAUAAAAAGAAAAGAAUCCAUAAUUUCUCUGUCAUCAACCCUGUUGCUGGACAGGCUACAACUCAUAUUUUUGCAGCUGACAACAGAGAAGAUCUUCAGAAGUGGAUGGAAGCCUUCUGGCAGCAUCUCUUUGAUCUUAGCCAAUGGAAGCAUUGUUGUGAAGAACUUAUGAAAAUUGAGAGUAUGUCACCACGGAAACCACCUUUGUUCUUGACAAAAGAGGCAACCUCAGUCUACCAUGAUAUGAGCAUUGAUUCACCUAUAAAACUUGAAAGUUUAACUGAUAUAAUACAAAAAAAAAUUGAACAGACAAAUGGAGAGUUCCUUAUUGGUCAGCAUGAAGAAUCCUCACCACCUCCUUGGGCCACACUCUUUGAUGGUAAUCACCAAGUUGUCAGCAAGAAAAAGGUAUUAUCUCCUGCAAGCAAGCAGUUACAUGAUGGGAAAGGGAAAAAGAGACGAGCUCCCCUUCCUCCUUCUGGUAAAGCUGCAUUCAGCUUAAAAACACAGAGCAACACAGAUCAAUUGGUUAAGGACAACCGGGAAAAGACAAGUGUAUCUCAGACCUCACCUUUGGAUACCAAAUUAUCGACCCUAAUGCAUCACUUACAGAAACCAAUGGCUGCUCCUCGAAAACUUCUUCCUGCCAGGAAAAAUAGUUUAACUGAUGGUGAGCACACAGACACUAAAACCAAUUUUGAAGCCAAGCCAGUGCCUGCUCCACGGCAGAAAUCUAUCAAAGACAUUUUGGACCCUAGAUCAUGGUUGCAGGCACACGUGUAGAAAACCCUUAAUGUCUAAGACAUUUAACAAAAUCUGUAACUGUGAGGCUUAAUUCAGAAGCACUAUAGAUGUAGUAAUAUGUAAUUAUGUAGGUAAAUAUGACAGUGAUUUACAUCAAUAAUUAAGCUAUUAGUUGUAAAAAAAUGUUUUAUAAUGAAGAAAUGGAUUUCUCUAGCAGAGUGCAGGAGGCAGUUUCUAGACAAUAUCCCGAUUAUUGGAAGGGUUAAUUUAUUCCUAAGUUAGUACCAGGCAGUGAACAAGCACUAGGCAGAAGAAAGCAUUAAAAUUUCU